GGCGCCUUUACACUUUUUAUUCUAAUCGCAUGGUUAUAGCAAAGAGUAUAGCAUGGUUAUAGGAUGGUGCCCUACAACUUCAUUUCGUACGUUUGCAUUUGGAACUCAAUAAUCUUAUGGCUGCCAGGAUUUAUGGGCUGCUCCAGAAAUAUGAUUGCAGCAGAAACAGAUUUUGAACCAGAAGUGGGAAAUACAUCAUUGCCAAUAUUAAAACAAAAUGAUUUCUCCACUUACAAUAAAGAAGAACAUUUUAUGCAUAUGUUAAUUAAUGUAUCAAACUCUGGAACACAGAAUGAUAACAAUGGUAACACCACUACAGAGUUUAACAAAACAGAUGUAAGAAAAGUAAAGUACCCUUGCAUUGCUAAACAGACUCCUGAUGAUUUAACUGCUGCAGUUAAAAUUUUAAAUACCACUCAAUUGUUGGAGAUAGUCAGCGUAACGAAUGCAACAAAUACAUCAUGUGCGUUUGUGAUGUUUUAUGCACCGUGGUGCAAGUUCUCGGCAGAGACUGCGCCAUAUUUGAACGCUAUUGGACGUGCAUUCCCUGGAUUAGAUGUCCUUGCUGUUGAUGCAAUGGAAUUUAACAAUUUGAAUGCAAGAUAUGGAACAGUAGCUGUACCAAAUGUUUUACUCUUUUACAAGGGAAAGCCUGUAAUGAGAUUUAAUUACACAAGAACUUUUGAGAAUUUUAGAGAUUUUAUCCAGAAUAACACAGGUCUCCAACCAGAUUCCUCAGUUGAGGUAUUGACACAAGACUAUGAUGGGCCCCUACCAAGCAUACCAACAAAAGAACCAGAUUACAUCUUAUGGUUAUCGGUAGCAUUCUUGGCUCUUUUCACAAUAUACAUGAUGUACCAACAUUGUGGUCAUAUUGUUGCUAGGCUUCACCAGGAGAUGGUUGGUGACGUACACGAACAUAUAGAUUAAAUAAAAUAGUAAUUUAUUUGUCUUUA